GAAAAACCAAGGUUAGGGUUUUCCAGCAGCCGGCAUUUCCUCUCCGCCUCAGUGCUCUCAGUACCUUUGCUGCAGAAGUCCAGGACUCUCCCCUCUCAGCCGCCAUGGGGAAGACACGUGGUAUGGGAGCUGCUCGUAAGCUGAAGGACCACCGCAGAAGGCAAAGGUGGGCUGACAAGUCAUACAAGAAAUCUCACCUUGGGAAUGAAUGGAAAAAGCCAUUUGCUGGCUCAUCUCAUGCCAAGGGCAUUGUCCUAGAAAAGAUUGGAAUUGAAGCUAAGCAGCCGAACUCUGCCAUUAGAAAAUGUGCUCGUGUUCAGCUGAUAAAAAAUGGGAAGAAGAUUGCAGCUUUUGUCCCCAACGAUGGUUGCUUAAACUACAUUGAGGAAAAUGAUGAGGUGUUGAUUGCUGGAUUUGGUCGGAAGGGGCAUGCCGUGGGAGAUAUUCCUGGAGUCAGAUUCAAGGUUGUGAAGGUAUCUGGUGUGUCUUUGUUGGCGCUCUUUAAGGAGAAAAAGGAAAAGCCAAGGUCUUAAGCUUGUUGAGUGAGCUCAUCCUCAAAUCUCAGUCAUGUAGCUUUGUUUUUCAUUUAGAUGAUGGUUGUUUCAACUUAUCAGUGACUUUUGGUGAAAACAGUUUCUUAUCCCAAUCUACACAAGGACGACAAAAUUUUGAAAAUGUAGGAUUAUCAAAAUUCAAUUGGUAUUUAUCUAUGGUGAUGUUCUGGUUGUGAUCU